AUGUCGUUGGUUUCAAGGCCGUGCGCGAACAAUCCCGCCUUGGACACCGACCUCGACGGCGCCGGCGAGCAAGAGGACCUCCGCUACGGCAUCUUCGGCUGGCCCGCUCCCGCCGCCGCGGAUCCAGGCUGCUCCAACGGCACCGGCGUCGGCGCUGGCACCUUGCACGCGGACAAGGAGGAAGAAGGCCUGGGCGUGGCCGGCCACCAUGCCUCCCGCCGCCGUCAUCCCCACCACCCCCACCGCCAGCCUCCCUCCCGCUGCCCUCCCAUCCAGCCCCCACCACCGUCGCCCCCACCGCCCUUCCACCCGUCGCCCCCACCGCAAGCGAAGGCCAAGACCGCCACCAAGCCCAAUGCUGCUGCUGCUGCUGCAGUGUCCCCCAAGCCCAAGGCUAAGGUCAAGGCCGCCGCCCUUGCCGUGGUGCCCAAGCCCCGCGCUCGCCCGCCCAAGGCCGCCAAGACCUCUGCAAAGGCCUCCCCUGCCAAGGCCAAUAAGUAG